AUGCGGACGACCUCCGAACUUUGGCAGCAGUGGAUGGCUGUGGACCUCGCCCUCCGGACUCGUCUUUCCACCACCCUGGCCACCCUCCCUUCGUAUCUAGCUCAUCUUCCUCAAGGUCUCGAGGAGUUCUUCUCCACGGUCGGGUGGAACACCUGUGUCCAUCCGAAGCACAACCUGUACUCCCCCCAGCUCAUCCCCCUCUUCUUCGACCAACCACUCUCCGGUACUCUUUUGGACACUGCUUGUGGCAUGCUUGCCGACUGGCAGAGUGCUGGCAGCAUACGUAGUGACGUUCAUGUCUCUACGCUCGAGGUACAGCAUCCCUUUCUCUUUGACAGGCACAUCGACUGGUCCCGGUUCGACAGCGACAAGCCCGGUCAACUAUCUUUCCUCCGACGUCUCGGUGAUGAAGCACGCAGCCGCAGUUUCCAAUUCAAGCUUAUCUUCCCCCUGCACGUCAACGAAAACCAUUUCUCCACUGCCAUGCUCGACUUCGCCGACACUUCCAUCUGGUACGGUGACUCCCUUAAUCGCAACAUCAGUGCACAUGACCUCCGAGGCAUGCGCAACUUUGGCAACGCUCUCGGCCUCACGUUCCAACAUUCUGUCAAGACACUGCCCCAUGCUACGCAACAUGACGACUACUCAUGCCCCGACAUCACGAUCAACACCAUUGAACGCUUCAUCUGGCCAGAGACAAAGCCUUGGACAUCGGAGCAUGCGAGGGCUGAGCGUCUCGAGUAUGUGUUACUCCUGGCGACGCACAAUGGUCUAUAUUCUUUUCCCGUAGCUUAUGUUUCGUAG